AUGGUUGAGGACGGAGGGUGCCUCAGCACGACAGCCGUUGAAGCGGCGGACAGCGUCCUGGACCUGAUAAGGUUAGACGAGAUGAAGCCCUGGAAAACAGUGGUGGUACAGCUGGCUGCUGAGCUCCUCGGCACGUUCCUGCUGGUGGUCGUCGGGUGUGGCUCGACUACAACGGCGUGGUCGGAAGGCUACCAGCCGACGACUGUUCAGGUGGCCCUGACAUUUGGACUUACUGUCGCAUGCAUCGUGCAGACGCUGGGCUACGUAAGUGGCGCUCACGUGAACCCGGCAGUGACUGUGGGCCUGGUGGUGGGCGGCUUCCUGGGCCCGCUGAAGGCUCUGCUGUACGUGACGGCGCAGUGCGUGGGCGCCACCGCUGGCUCAUUCGUGCUCCAGGCCCUGACACCUAACGAGACGGUCGCAACGCUGGGCGUUACAGCCUUGAAUCGGCACGUGACGCCGACGCAGGGCUGCUUCGUGGAGAUGGUCAUAUCAUUCGUGCUCGUGAUGGCCGUGUACAGCGCUGCCACAGGGGCGGCGGCGGCGGCGGCAGCAGGACCCUUCACUGUCGGCAUGUCUAUAACAGCCUGCCACUUGUUCGCGGUAUGUUUCCCAGGGGCCCAAGAUCCCUGA